AGAGAGAGAGAGAGAGAGAGAGAGAGAGGCAAGGAAAUGAGGGUUGUACAUGGUCUGUUACCUCGUGAUCCGUGCAAAGUCUUCGUGAAAUCCCAGACUGCCUUAUUAUUGUUGUUGUUCUUUGUUCCAUUCCCAUCCUAGUUGUUAUUGUUUUUUUCUUUUUCUUUUUAUCAACUGGACUUGGUCUAAGAAUAGUAAUAUAAAAAAAGUUACAUUCUUGUUGGCUUUUUCGAGUGAGAGAGGAAAAAAGAGGAGAAGCCUUUUGGAAAUAGAGAGAGAAAGGGAGCUUCUUUUUUUUCAUAAAAAUUUGGUCUUUUUGGAUACAGGGUUUCUUGCUCAACUGGAGCUGUUUCAAGUAAGAAUGUUCAGAAUACCUGAACUGGCCAUGCAUAGAGCUUUUGAUCCAAUGGAGAAAGAUUUGUGACCAUAAUGGAUCCUCAGGCUUUCAUCAGGUUGUCAAUAGGCUCCCUUGGGCUGAGAAUUUCUGGAACAACUUUAAAUUCUGCACAAUCUGGACUCCAGGCAUUCUCUUCUCCGUGUUCAUGUGAGAUACGACUUCGAGGUUUCCCUGUGCAAACAAUAGCGGUCCCUUUGUUAUCCUCACCUGAAGUGGCACCUGAAAUUCACAGCAUUGCCUCAAUUUUUUAUCUUGAAGAAUCGGAUCUGAAAGCAUUACUGACACCUGGCUGUUUUUAUGCUAAUCAGGCAUGUCUUGAGAUUGCUGUUUUCACAGGGAGAAAGGGAUCGCAUUGUGGUGUUGGCAUCAAAAGGCAGCAGAUAGGAACAUUUAAGCUGGAAGUAGGCCCUGAAUGGGGUGAGGGGAAACCGGUGAUUCUUUUUAGUGGCUGGAUAGGUAUUGGCAAAAACAAGAAGGAGAGUGGAAAACCUAGAGCUGAACUUCAUUUGAGAGUGAAACUGGAUCCUGAUCCAAGAUAUGUGUUCCAGUUUGAAGAUGUGACCACGUCGAGUCCUCAGAUUGUUCAGCUGCAGGGCUCAAUCAAGCAGCCCAUAUUCAGUUGCAAAUUUAGUCGAGACAGGGUAACCCAGGUAGAUCCCUUGAGUACCUAUUGGUCAACUUCCGAUGAUGGUGCUGAUGUUGAAACAGAAAGAAAAGAACGGAAGGGGUGGAAGGUGAAGAUACAUGAUCUUUCUGGCUCGGCUGUUGCGGCAACCUUCAUAACAACUCCCUUUGUGCCAGCAACAGGUUGUGAUUGGGUUGCUAGGUCCAACCCAGGAGCUUGGUUGAUUGUUCGUCCAGAUGCUUGCAGGCCUGACAGCUGGCAGCCAUGGGGAAAGCUUGAGGCAUGGCGUGAACGUGGCAUCAGAGACUCCAUUUGCUGCAGAUUUCACCUCCUGUCUGAAGGCCAGGAAGGUGGUGAGGUUCUCAUGUCUGAGAUCCUCAUCAGUGCUGAAAAGGGUGGGGAAUUUUUCAUAGACACUGACAGGCAGUUGCGAACUGCAGCAGCUCCAAUACCAAGCCCACAAAGUAGUGGAGAUUUUUCAGGACUUAGUCCCAUUGUUGGUUUUAUUAUGAGCUGUCGAGUGCAGGGGGAAGGGAAGCACAACAAGCCAUUGGUUCAGUUGGCCAUGCGACAUGUAACAUGUGUGGAGGAUGCUGCAAUCUUUAUGGCACUUGCAGCUGCAGUUGAUCUUAGCAUUGUAGCUUGCAGGCCUUUCCGUAGAAAGCUCAGAAAAGGGUCUCGCCAUUCUUUAUGAAAAACACAAACUAAGGGGAUUGAUUUUCAUGAACAAAGAAUGGCUCUAUUUUACUCUCUUUUUUCUUUCAUUGUUGUAAAAUUGGAAAUGUACAGGAACUCUUAUUUACCUUUUCCCGAAAUUGUCAACUCAAUC